AUGAAUACCAUCAUCCGUGUGUCAGAAAAAACCACUUUACGAGCCAUUUUCACUCGUAAUCCUGCAAUUGACGACAAGAAGAAACAUCUAGGUGUGAUUGGGAGAAGGCAGGAGCUGGCAGGCGGCUCCCGCUCACCACUAGAAGACGGGAGGUUUAAGGUUAGUGCACUGCGGUCGGCAUCGCUAAACCUAAACCUUAAUUGGAAUGCCGAGGUCAACAGCUCCAAGUCAAGCCGAGGAGUUGGAAAAGGGAAAGCGAGCGGGACGAAUAGCGUCUUGCGGCUUAUGGACUACAUCAUAGCUCUUCUUCCCUCACAAUCGCGACCUAGAAGCAGCCGAACUGAAGAAUUGUCCCUUCGCUGUACGCCGCGUGUCUCGGAUUUUUUAGGUUCCUUGAGAACACUUUGAUCAUGCAAUGUCGAACAGGUGAGGGAUUCGCACGCUGUAGCUUCCAUCUCUCAUAAAGCAUUCAGACAACGGCUCGGCUUCUUCUACACUCAGUGUGUCCACCAUCCCAAAUUGGUAAUUCUCAGAGAUACACAGUUUAGAGAAGACAGAAACUCCCUAGCCAAUCACACGUCUCUGUUUAAACUAAAUCAGCGAACAAAAGUCUUAAGCGAAAUAGGAACGCUUGCAUUUCAUCCGAGCGACGCGACUGUUGCUGUCGCGUGACAGCCGCAUCUGAUUGCUGCCGUUUCUCGGACGAAUACAAGCAAUCCCAUGCCCCCGCACGACAAGGGAAAAAGUAUUCAAGCAUCUCUGCUUCUGCUUUUGUUUUCUGGGAGACCACGCGCUGUGCUUUCUUUUGUAGACAAAUUCCAGAACUCUAUGAUUGCGACC